AUGGCCGACUACUUCAGCGACCGACAGGAGUUGGAGCAACCGGAGACCUGGGAGUCGGAGUUCGAGCGGACGUUUUGCAUCACGUUCGCGAAGCCGGAGAUGCGAUACAGUGCAGUCGACCCAGAUGACGAAGUGGAUCAGUGGCUCGUCCGAGGCUCCUGGACCUUCUGCCCAAAGUGUGGGCGUCGCCGACCUCAGUGCAACGUUGCCAGUUUGACCCUCCAACGCGCGGACAAGACAUGUCGCUACCGAUGUGAUCCCGAACCUGAAGACCUCCUGUUGCCGCGGACGGAGUCCGACCUUGGGAGACAUUGCAAGCUGGACGCCUACGUUACACCGAAUGCCCACCAUUGGGAGCAUUUGCUGGCAGACCUUCACGUCACAGGACUGCCGUUGGUGCCCGGUCUUACCAAAAAGGAUCUCGACACCCUGGCUGUUUUGGAUUUGAAGAUUGACUAUCAAACCCGCCGGGGCGGCAACGCCGAGAUCACAAGCAAGCAGAAAAAGUCUGUUAUUCGUGGCCGCUGGAAAGCAUUGCCUUUGUUCGACAUCCAGCGAUCAGACCAGGCCAAUCGACUCUUCUUUUGGCUGCUGGCAAACAACGAGACCUACGCGAACUGGGUCCAGUUCCACAAGCAGCUCGCGAUUAGCAACGACAACUGCAGCGGUCCAUGGCAGGAGGUGCGAACCGCAGAUUUGCUGUUGAAUUCCCCGGGCAUCGAGGUUGCUGCCAGACCGUGGCUGUACCCGCUCGCGAGCUUCGGCGAUACAGACCUGUCAUCGCGCUUGAUGCCGCUGAAAUGGAUAGCGGCAGGCUCUCGCCCGUCCCUGCGGGCAAGUUUCCUGCGCAAGCUGAUGAGCAGGUGCAUCGAUUACAGCCGUGAUUUUGCAUUGAAGUCGCUCUUAUAUGACAGCGCCAUGGCCCGAACGAUCACCUCCCUCAUCAGCGUUGCCAAUCAAAGGAACAUCGCCCCGGAGUUUGCCGCUCAGCAGCAGGACAUGUUUGAGGGCUACUGGCUGCUCCAGCUCAGGAAAAUGGAGGAUAUUUGUCGCCGGGAGUACGAGAGCACAGACGACCUCGCCAAGACGUUUCCCAAUAUCUUCUUCACUGUGGCUCCAGCCGAGUGGCGCUAUCUGUUGCCGGAGGGCCUGACGUUGGACGAUUCACUAUCUGAGCAGCAGGACUUGAUUACGCUGCAUAUGCAUCAUACACUACGAGUCCUCUUAGAGCAUCAGCUGAUCAAUCACUCGGACAAUCUCCGGGCCAUCGGCAUCGCAAACAUUCGUCAUUGGAGCUUCCGGUUUGAGUUCCAAGCGAGGGGCACCAUCCAUCUGCACGCCGUCUUGUGGACGGAUCUGCAGCCGGGCUGGUCUGCGAACGACAUCACCGCCCGCACAGGCGGCACCGCUACCCCCUUCCUUGGACUGCUGGAGAAGCUGUUCAAAUCCCGCGCGGACGUUCAGUGCGGCGACGGCACGCAUUGCUUGAUGCAGUAUGUCGCCGGCUACCUGCUAAAGGCCUCGGAUGCGCUCCAGUUCCUCAGCAAGCAAGUCGACGACCAGGACACGCAAUGGCGCCAGGCCUACCGCUUGCUCUGCAAGCGCUCGCCCACCGAGCAAGAAAUCAUCAUGGAGUUCGCGGGCCUCUCGAUGGUAAAACAUUCCUUCAGUGGCGUUGACAUUUUCGCCCCCAUCCCCGGCAGCACAGCCUCCAACAACUCGCGGCGGCAGUACAACGCCUAUCAGCAUCACCUGAAGCAGACGGAGGGCGACUUCGGCGAUGCGCGCGAGUUGACCUUCAUCCAGUGGCUGCGCAUCUACCAGCUGCCUGCAGACGCUCCAGACAGCAGCGCAGUCCAGCGUCGAAAUCAACAUGGACCGGCGGCGGGCAAGCCAUGUGGCGUGGCCAUGUCCUUUCCGUUUGAAUUGUUGGACAUAUAUGUGGGCGCUUGGGCAGCAUGCUGUCUGCCAGGCAUGUUGGAGGAGCGUCUCCUGCCUGUCGUGCCCGACACACUCAAGCUCCCUGGUUUGGAGGACGAGCUGGCACGGCGUCGAACCUUCACAGCUCCUUGCAUGUGUCACCAUUUGAAGGCCGUGCUCUCUUUGGACGAAUUUCAGUUGGACGGGGCCGACCCGCAGGUUUACAACCCAGAUCUCGCGAGAUUUUUCGCCAAAGUCGAGCCCGAGCUCAUGCUGCGCGGGAUCAAUGCGGACCGCAUCUCCACCUUCAAGGCCAAGAUUCAAGCAACGAACCUACUUCUCCUGCGCAUUCGAGACGGUCUUGAAGAUGCCGGGUUCUGGACGGCGCGAGAUCUACCUGGCUACCCUCGGCGUCAAUGGUCUCCCGAGCAAGGCGCCGUCAUGGAAUGGAUGCGAGAUCGCUUGGGCGUCAACGACGCCAACGACAGCCGCAACCGCGUGCUACAGAUUUCCGGACCUCCAGGCACCGGAAAAACUGAGGUCGUCAUCGGCGCAACAAAGCUCGCUUUGGACGACGACUGUCGCGUCCUGGUUGCCGGACCGAUCGGUCUCCUAGUGGCCAUGUACCGUCUGAAGCUUCCAGCAGAUGAACGCCUGACCAUGGAGACCAUCCACUCCGCCUUCAAGAUUACACGGCCGGCAGAUGCAGCCUACAUCCCGCCAGGUCGACUACGUCGCUACGACGUUAUUAUCUUCGAUGAAGUCUCUCAGAUCGACCCAGCUGUAUGGACCGAUCUCAAAGCAGCACUUGGUGAACUUCACCCUGGGCCACUGAUCCUCUUCGUGGGCGACUUCCAGCAGCUGCAGCCGGUCCACGGCAAACCACAACUCCAAAUCGAUCUCGACGCGGAGGUCGCCAACGGCACGGUCGAUCGUAUUGACUUGAAGAACCACAAUCUAGCCAGAUCCAUCGAUCCUGACAUGCUCGACUUCCUGACGACAGUGAGAGAGGCACAACCAACUAGAACACAGCUAGAAGAGUUCUUUGCAGGAAGAGUUUGGAGCAGGGAUUUGUCCGAGAUCGCAGAGAAAGCCAAAACCUGGGAGGACGUCACAGGCAAGAAGUUCAUGUUCCUCACUGUCGUGAACAAAGGUGCAGAGUCACAGCUCCUAGCCGAGGGCGCCGGCAUCCCAGCGGAAACCGGACGUGUUGUUGUCAGUGCAGGCAUGAGGGUCCGGCUGACCUACAACGUAAACAAGCAGGACGGCUUCGUCAACGGCAAUACCGGAACCGUGCGACUUGUGCUGAGACGCGAUGUCUUUGUUAUGCAGUCCGCCCAGGGCACUUCCGUGCUGGUGUACCCAAUUGCUCUUCGAGGCCGGAAGUUUCUGCCUGUGGCCUACGGCUACGCCACCACCAUGCGCAGGGCACAGGGAGCGACUUUAGACGGCGUCGGUCUGUACUUUGACAGGCGGCUUCCGGAUCGUGGGUAUGCCUAC